AUGAAAGAUAGUGGACCUUCGGUGCCUCGCUGGGCACUUUUGGCUCCUGCAGCUGCUCCCCCGAUUCUCACAUUCGACGAACCCUCGUUGGAGCUAUUAUCUCGCACCGACUCGCACAACAGCUCAGAUCCUCGCUCAAAUCCUCCGCUGUUACAGCCCGCAGGCGGGAUGUGUUCUCCAGAGGGCCAAUGGAAUUGCAUGACAACUUCGUGGCAGCGAUGUGCAAGUGGCAUGUGGAGCGCCGCUGUUCCAUGCGCGACGGGGACGAUUUGCCAGCCUUUUGGAUUAACGGAUUUCAUUACCAUUGAGCACGAGGCGAGUGCCAGCGACAGUCAGCCAGAUAAUGGCCAUGCGAGUGAUGGCAGGGCUGGCGAUGGUCAUGAUAGGAGCGGAAAGAAGAGCCUUGGCCUCAGAAACUCACCUAGCCUGGUCUUGCUCGUUGGGGCACUGUUAACGGGAGUUUCCUGGGGGUUUCUGGCAUGA